AUACUUUUUUUUAUAAUUUAGUUGUUUUAAUUUUUUUAACAUCUUGUUAAGGUGAACAGUAAAUAUAUUAUUAUUUACGUUUGGUAAGUUUCAUAUGUAUUGUGUAAAGUUGUGCUGUGCAUGUAGAAUAUAUUCUUUUAUAUAAAAAAAUUUCAGAAUCACAACAUAGUUCUAAAUGGCUCUGUUACCCCCAGGCGGAUUGCCCGAAAUUGUCUUCUCUUUCGACACGACUGGAUCUAUGAGCAGUUGUCUAGCUGAGGUUAGAGGUCGAUUGAAAGACAUGAUUCAGCGUCUCCAAGCAGACAUCCCCGCGAUCAGAAUCGCUGUGUUUGCGCAUGGGGAUUACUGCGACAAACACAAUUAUGUUACCAAGUUCGUGGACUUCACGGAUGACGUGAAGAAACUGUGUGAUUUCGUCAGUGAUGUUUCCUCCACUGGCGGGGGGGACUCGGACGAGUGUUACGAGCUGGUGCUGUACCAGGUUCGUGAUGAACUCUCCUGGACGCCAGGGUCUAAUCGAGCCCUCGUCAUGAUCGGUGACGCGAAGCCACACGAGCCAAACUAUCCAGACAACAAACUGAAACUAGACUGGAGAGUUGAAACGGACAACCUCGCAAACAUGGGAGUAAAGAUUUAUGCUGUACAGUGCAAAUCAUUUGGCGCAGAAACGUUUUAUAAGACAAUGGCGGAAAAAACGUCUGGUCGUCACCUUAAGAUGGACAGCUUUUCAAACAUCUUUGAUUUCUUGAUGGCCAUCUGCUACAAAGAACAAGGAGAGGACUUGCUGCAGGUGUACGAGAAAGAAGUCCGACAGAGAUGCGGUGACGGCAGUCUACAUAAAGAUCUGCACGGCUUGUUUUCUACUCUGCGAGAUCCCACAACAAUUGUCGCAACUGGUUCCCCACUGUGUAAAGCCAAACCAAAAACAACGUCAAAGAAAGUGGCAAAACCAGCUUCGUUAAAGAAGGGUUCUUUGAAAAGACCUGUACUGAAAGCCAACAACAAGAGACACGUCAAGAGUAAAAUGUGUCCUGUUCGCCUGUUGAGAAGAGAGAAUGUUCCAGAAAACAACUUCAUGCUGAGGGAUCUCCAUUGGUCGCCGUGGGUUAAGGUUGUUUGUCCCGACAAACCAGACGACACUUGGGAAAAGAAGAGAGGAGAAGGACGAGGGUAUCGCAAAAUCAGAAUUUUCCCGGGGAAAACUACUCUGCCAGCUUUGUACGAGGUAGCUGUCCAAAGUCAGAGGAGAUCAAGGCGCCAUGUUGUCUUCAGCAGGUUUGCCAAACGGAUCCCGAACGACGUGGGUUGGGAAAGUCGUCUGCUGGGAAGGAGUGACGUCAGACGCCAGGUGGACGAGGUUGUGAAGAGUGGUUGCAGUCUGUUUAUCAGGAGAGUCACUCUGAGGAGGAAAGCAACUGCACAGAAUGCGCUUACGUCACUCAGACUGUAUGACUAUGCUUGGAGGAGAAUCUCACGAAAACGUUCCAAUCACAGAACAGUCGUUAAAGGUGACUUCAAAAUUUCACAUGAAGCUUACUGAAUAACUGACUAUAAUAUGUUUAGAAAUGUUGAACAGUAUGUGAUAAAAUAAUUUAAAUUAGUGUUGUGGUGUAUAUAAUCGUCCACUGUGACAUAUUCCUAUAUUUCACGUCUGCUCGGAUUAUAUGUUCAAGUCUUAUUAUAAUGGCAGUUACAAAUUUAAAAUACAAGUAUUGACCUGUGUUGGUGAUGAUGUUCUUUAUUGAAUAUCUUUGUAUCGUUGACAUGUGUGACACUGGAUGCUUUUGUUUUGUCGUUAAUACAUGUACAUAUGUAAAUGUGAAUUUAAAUUGCAAAUAUUAUGUCAUAAGGUAUUUAUUGAAACACUGUGCUUAUGUUGUUAAAUAUGUUCAUUAUUUUGCUGUUAUCUGUUGUUGCAAUAAAUGUCCACUGC